AUGUCUGUUUGUUUAGCCAUCACAAAAGGUAUCGCAGUUUCUUCUAUAGGCCUCUACUCUGGUCUUUUGGCUUCUGCUUCAUUGAUUACAUCUACUACUCCACUGGAGGUUUUAACAGGAUCUCUAUCUCCCACUCUAGCCACUUUGAAAAAUGCGGCUACUGCCUUGGGAGCCUUUGCAUCGACUUUCUUUUGUGUAAGCUUUUUCGGUGCUCCUCCCUCACUAAGACACCCUUACUUAUUAUAUGGUAUGCUUGCAGCUCCAUUAUCUUCAUUCGUUCUGGGGUGCGCUUCCCACUACCAAUCCAGAAAGUACAGUAAAGUAUCUAAGGAAUCUUCUUUAUUUCCCGAAGACAGCAAACCAGUUGCUUCCGAGCUGAGCGAUUCUAUUAUUGAUUUGGGCGAGGACACCCAUGCUCCAAAGAAUAAGUUUCACGAUGAGAAGCCUGCCCCUACUGCAGUAUCAAAGCCGGCAGAGGCAUUGCACACUGGUCCCCCAAUCCAUACUAAAAAUCUAAUCGCAGCAACUGCUAUCGCUAUUAUUGGCUUUGUACAGGCCGUUAUUGGUGUCUACGGCGAAGGACAAUUUAUCUAG